CCUGCUCUCUGCCUGAGUCUCUGUGACAACUCUCAACGCCGCGGUUUCUCUCUGAAAUGCAUACCUGCGGUUGGUUGGGUUUCCUCAGCUGCCCGGCCUACAAACAACAUAAAAGCCUCAGCUCUUAGUUCUGCCUUUGGGACAACGGCUGUUGAUCACAAGCAGAUGGCUCUCAGCAUCCAAACAAUGAUUGCAUGAACCAGGGAUGUCUCGUCCCGCUCCGUCCCCCAUCUACACCCUGAGGGGAGCUGGAGGGCCCCUUAACACCCUUCACUUCAGCUGCCUUGCAGGGGACACUCCCCUCUUAUUUUCUGGGUCAGGACAUGGCGUCGUCCAUAUCUGGAACCUGAACAGCAGGAGGGCUGAGAGGAACUUAGAAGGUCAUUCUGGUAGCUCGGUCAUCUGGGUCAACACACUGCAGUCAACGGGAGCCCUCCUCAGUCAGGGACGGGACAUGCAGGUCUGCCAGUGGGACCUGAGAGAAGGUCGCAGUGAGGUAGUGGACUCUGUAUGGACCGGCAGCGUUGGAUUCUGUCAGUGCUCCCUGCUGGAGACGAGCUCUGGAAGCUCCCUGCUUGCCUUUGCUGGACAACAGACAGAGGAGAUCAAGAUCAUUGAGCUGCCCAGUAAGAAACCAGUCUGCACCCUGGUACCAGAUGCUAAGGUGGGGAUGGUCAUGUGUAUCAAACUCUGGCAGCCAGACUCUGGUCCUGGGCCUCUCCUGUUGGCUGGUUACGAGGACGGGUCCCUGUUGCUGUGGGACGUAACCCAGAGGUGCAAGCUGAGUGAGGUCAAAGCCCACCCUGAGCCCGUCAUGUGCCUGACCUUUGACACCAAGCGUCUGAGGGGCAUAUCUGCCUCCUGUGAAAAGAAGCUCUCCUCUUGGAUACUGGACGGACAGAACAACCUGCAGCUCCAGGACCUCAGUGUGACGUUAGUCAACCCCGGUGUUUCCCAGCUGUGCGUCAGGGAGGACGGCAAACUUCUGGCUUCAGCAGGCUGGGACCACCGAGUGCGGGUAUUUGGCUGGAAGAAGCUGCGACCACUGGCUGUGCUUCAGUACCACAGUGACAUGGUGUUAAGUGUGGCCUUCUCAGACCAUCAGGACCCCAGACAAAGACUGCUGGCUGCCGGAUCCAAAGAUCAGAGGAUCAGCCUGUGGUCAAUAUACAGCGAGGGAGCCAACAGUAGCUGAACGUCUGAGCUGGAGGAGGACAAACAGACUUUGACUCAAACGUUGUCAUCUGGACUGAUGCAGGGAUUCGACUGCUGGAUAUUUCCUACAACCUUAAGUAUUUCAUUAGACCUCAAAGAAUUGAGCAAAACAAAAAAAAAACCUUCCCCCCCAAGUUGUACCACAGAAGCAUUUCUGUUAUUUACCCGGACCACAUUUUAAAACGGGUGGACAAAAAUAAUAAGAAAUACAAUACAAUUCACCAAAAACUAAACCCUUUAAAAUGCAGCUGAAAGAACACCUCAUAAAGAAAACUGGACAUUGGACAUUUCAAGAGCUGGACUUUUUUAAGGCCAUAUGAAAUUGCAUUAGCUUGUGUUUUACCUCGUAAAUUGUUUCUUUUUGUUUGUCAUGACCAGAAUAAUGAUGCCAAGUACAUCCGAUAUGCUAAUGUUCUUGGAAAAAAAAAAAAGAAUACUUAAAGGUUUUUACAUUAAAUAUAAUGGCAUGAAUCUCACCAUUAGAGCUGCACAAUUAAUAUGCAGUGGUCCAAUGUCAAAAACGAAACAGACUCAAAAACAAUUUAGUUAUUUGAUAAAGAUGUGACGAAACGGAUAAGAAACAUUUUCUUAUGUUCUAUCAGAAGUAAUUUCAAUAUGUUUUUCAUCAUCAUAUUGUGCAGCUCUACUAAACAUGCAAAAUUAAUUUUUCGUGUUAAGCCGAGUGAAAAUGGCUUCUCUCUUUCAAAUGGUUAAUUCGGCUUUAGAGAUGUUUUCCAGCCUUCAGAUUUCUAAAAGCCUGACGUGAUGGUUUGCGCAGCUAAAGGUGAUUGUGUUGACUUAUCUGAUGGGAGAUUUGCUUCAGUGGACUUGAAUUUGUGCUAUACAGCGCGCACCUGAGCUGCUGUGUAAUCCAGUGUUGUUAUUCUAGCAGGUCGUAGGUGAACACACAGGCGCUGCGGCCUGACCUGAGCUGUGUUUGUCAAACAAGGUUAAUCACAGCAGCGGACGCAGAGAAUAGUGAGAUGUUGGUUUAGCAAAGCUGCUGAUUUUGCUCCUGCUCUCCUUGGAAAGAGGUAUUUGUCGAUGAACUGAUUUGUUUUAUUCGAGCUUCAUUUAAAGAAGGAAAAAAGGCAAAAAGAAUAUUUUACUAAAGGAGAAUUUAGAAACAUUUUCAAAGUAAAAUAAUCUGUAUUUUAACAUCCUUUUGAUCACACAUUUAAAAUGAAUGCAAAUACAGAUGUCAAACUGACAUUUGUCAAGAAAGAAAGUCCCAGAGAAAAUACAGAGGUGUUGUUUUUCUGUCCACCAUCCCUAAUAAUAUCUCUGCAUGAGAGCUCAUGUGUUACAACACUGUGUUGAGAGGCCCCGGCGGGGGCGGGGCAGAGUUUCAAACGCUAGAUGUUCUGCUUCAUAAAGGCUUUGUCUCCUGGGAUGACCCUGAACUGAGAAGCUCAUCGUGCAGUACAGGAAAGGCCUGAGAAAUCAAAGAGCCAGACUUGGUAUAAUGGCCUCCGAUCAUUAGUGAGCAGAGGAAAGACGAGGUCAUUUACCAGACAAGGCGGCCUUACUGUGACGCUACUGUCCCAGAAAACAAGUGUGUAACUCCAGUGUUACGCCUCGAAUUCAAGUUUUUAAAGCUGCAGUGUGUAACCUUUUUUGUGUGAUAUUUUUAUUGUUGUAACAUUUUGUAUUGUCAGUUUGUAGCUGUUAUGAUUUACUAAAUGUUCUUACUCGUCAAUCACUUCCGGUGUGCGGUGCAAGAAUGCAGCUGGGCGACCUCUGACCUCUAUACUGAGAUACUUAGAGAUUCAUGUGCGGCUGAUGAGGCUUAAUCAGCAUUGUGUAAACCCAUUAGACGGUGGUUUGGAUCUAACAUGCAGUCGUCCAUAUUUAGAAGUUAUGCUCUACUUUUUUGCUCGCUGCCAGCAUUAUCUUUAGGCAGGUGUCAUUUUUGGAUUGUUGUUCAGUAAUAUGUCAAAGGUAAAGGGAUGUGAAAGCUGAUACUGAUAUCUAGUGUUAUCAUUACAUCAAUUGUUGAAAGCUUUUGUCAUUUUACAAAACCCCUGGACUAAGGAUGUUGUCCCCCUCUGCCACCAAGUACCUGGUUUUAAUGACAUGUUUUCCUUGUCCCUCACACAGCUCCAUCUAUGCCUUUUGUGUCUGACCCCACUGGUGACAUCUCGUAUUCAUAAUAGCUUCCUCACUCUCCUGUUGGCUUUGAACAAACACACGGAGUGGCGUGGGCCAGCUUCCGUCCAUUCUCUGAUAAAUCAAAUGCUGUGUCCACUGGUGCAGAUGUCUGCUGAAUGGAGCAGACAGACAGACGGACACCCACUGGCCUCAGAAGUGGCUGCUGGACCUCGUUAAUCACUUCAUAAUGGAUCAUUUAGGAAGUCAAUAAAUGGACAGGGAAGCUGUCGGCACAACAGGCCCCGUGCUUCACUUA